AAAAAUAAACUUUUUUUUUUCAGGUGGAAUGGCCCAUAGAUGUAUCAUAUACAAAAGAUGAUUAUUUCAUGAGAUGGAAAUACCCAAGUUACAAUUUCACAAUGGCUUUUUUCUGGUCACCUUUUCUUGUAAAAGCAAAACGAGAAAAUUCAGAUGGUCCAACUCACACUCGUCUCUACAAUAUUCACCUUGAUGAAUUUGAUCAUAAAUGGACAUCACAAGUUGAAGGUUUUGACUAUGUCAUUAUAAAUGGAGGACAUUGGUUCUUCAAACCAAUGGUAUUCUUUGAAAAAGGAAAAAUUGUUGGAUGUCAUUAUUGCCUCUUAAAAAAUGUCACCGACUUAACAAUGUAUUAUGGUUAUAGAAAGGCUUUUAAAACAGCAUUACAAGCCUUAAAUAGUUUAGAAAAUUAUAAGGGCGUUACAUUUUUAAGGACAUUUGCACCAUCACAUUUUGAGAAUGGGUUAUGGAAUGAAGGUGGAAAUUGUUUGAGGACUAAACCAUUUAAGAGUAGUGAAACAAGAUUAGAGAGCACUAAUAUGGAAUUAUAUAUGAUUCAAUUGGAGGAAUAUAAAAUUGCUCAAAAGAAGGCCAAAAAGAAUGGUUCGAAGAAAUUUACGUUGUUUGAUACUACACAAGCUAUGUUAUUGAGAUCAGAUGGACAUCCAAGCAGAUAUGGACAUUUGCCAAGUGAAAAUGUUACAUUAUAUAAUGAUUGUGUUCAUUGGUGUUUGCCAGGACCUAUAGACACAUGGAACGAUUUCUUACUUGAAAUGUUAAAAAUAGAGCGUGUGAAAUUUUAGGGGGAGAAAGGAAACCUCAAAUAGUUUGAUAAUUAGAUAAAGUAUAAAUUUAUUGUAUAAUCUAUCAUUGUUGUCAAUUUUUUAUUUUAUUUUGUAGAGAUCAAUUUUAUUGUUUUAUAAUAAAAUUGAUUAUUCUUAAUAGUUAGGAAAACAAAAAUUGAAUCUUUUGUAUUGUAGAAUAUGUUAUAUUAUAUGGGCUCUUUGUUUUUUGUGGUAGCAAGACAUUAAACGUGUGGUAAGUUCAAAGUUUGUUUGUAGCUUCUAAAAA